CCAGUCUAUGGUUAAUAUCGACGACAGGCAACGGACAGGCGUCAACUUCACACAGGGCUUCAAUACCCAAAGGCGCAUCUGUCCUCUCUAAGCCUUCUCGGACAUCCUUUGGGGGACGGGGUCAGGGCGCACACAACUGCCACUUGGCUUUUUGUUUUUCUUUUCUUUUCUUUUUUUUUAAAAAAAUAUUAUUAUUUAAUCAAUGGAGCUAUUUCUGACAGCGCGCGAGCCGUUUUAGGUAAGGUCUCGUUAAAGAUAGCAGCGUGUGUGGGUAGCUGCUGCUUGUGAAAGUGACUGCAGAGAGGAAACCUCCGAGACGAGCAGUGUUGAAUUCUUAGACUGCAUAUUUUCUUUUUUUCCUUUCUUUCUUUAUUUUUGGCUGCGUCUCAGACCGAGGAAGCAUCCGAAUAAAGGUGUCCGGGCAGUUCACUGAAUACGUUUUGCGGAGGAUACCGGGAGGAACCAGUUUUUGAAAAUGCCCGUGGCAACAUCCAGCUCAGACUCUGCCAUGCAUCAGGCCCUGGAUACCCUGAGUGACAGCACAAGCUCCACAACCGCCAAUGACCUGGACCUCAUCUUCCUCAAAGGCAUCAUGGAGAGCCCAGUGGCCCAUGAGCGGUUUGAGGAACCUAAGCUUGAGGCUGUGAGUGAGAACAACGUGGAGCUGGUCCAGGACAUCGUCAAGGAGCUCAGUCCGCUCGCUCAAAGAAGCCAGGCAGCCGACGAGCUCCUCCGCAUCCUGAAGGAACCCCACUUCCAGUCCCUCCUGGAGACCCAUGAUUCUGUGGCAUCCAAAAACUACGAGACUCCGCCUCCCAGCCCUUGUUCCUUCAUGGACGCAGCCCUCAACAAUCAGCCUGUUCCCCCAGACGCGGUCAGGAUGGUGGGCAUCCGUAAGGUGUCUGGUGAGCACCUGGGAGUGACUUUUCGGGUGGAGAGCGGGGAGCUGGUGAUUGCCAGGAUCCUCCAUGGCGGCAUGAUUGACCAGCAAGGUCUGCUCCACGUGGGCGACAUCAUCAAGGAGGUGAACGGCAAGGAGGUGGGCAACGACCCCAAAGUGCUCCAGGAGAUGCUGAAGGAGGCGAGCGGCAGCGUGGUGUUGAAGAUCCUGCCCAGCUACCAGGAGCCGCACACGCCGAGACAGGCAUUUGUGAAGUGUCACUUUGAUUACGACCCAUCUCAUGACAACCUGAUUCCCUGUAAAGAGGCUGGGCUUAGCUUCAACAGCGGAGAUAUCCUACAGAUCUUUAACCAGGAGGACCUCAACUGGUGGCAGGCAUGUCACAUAGAAGGAGGCAGUGCGGGUCUAAUUCCCAGCCAGUUGCUUGAGGAGAAGAGGAAAGCAUUUGUGAAGAGAGAUCUGGAGCUUGCUACCACAGGUCCCCUGUGUGCAGGAAUGGGCGGCAAGAAGAAAAAAAAGAUGAUGUAUUUAACCACCAAGAAUGCAGAAUUUGAUCGACAUGAGCUGCGGAUCUAUGAGGAGGUUGCCAAAGUCCCACCGUUUAGAAGGAAGACGCUGGUUCUGAUUGGAGCGCAGGGGGUCGGCCGUCGAAGUCUGAAGAAUAAGCUACUGGUGUCAGAUCCGCAGCGCUACGGCACCACCAUCCCCUUCACCUCCAGAAAACCAAAGGUGGAUGAAAGGGAUGGCCAAAUGUACUCCUUCAUGACCCGCAGCGAAAUGGAAUGCGACAUCAAAAACGGCCGUUUCUUAGAGCACGGCGAGUAUGACGGGAACCUGUAUGGCACAAAGAUCAACUCCAUACACGAGGUCAUAGAAACAGGAAAGAUCUGCAUUCUGGAUGUCAACCCACAGGCUCUUAAAAUCCUGCGGACGUCUGAAUUCCUGCCCUAUGUUGUGUUCAUUGAAGCCCCAGACUUUGAGGUCCUCAAAGCAAUGAAUAGGUCAGCUAUUGAGUCAGGAGUGGUCACAAAACAGUUAACGGACUCUGAACUAAAGAGGACGGUGGAUGAGAGCGAGCGGAUUAAGAGAGCCUACGGACAUUACUUUGACCUUUGCAUCGUGAAUGACGGUCUUGAAGCAGCGUUCCGAAGUCUACGGCUGGCACUGGAGAAACUGUCGACAGAGCAGCAGUGGGUCCCCGUGAGCUGGGUCUUCUGAAAGUCACCAAGAGCUCAUCAGCACGGUGCCAGGUCCACGGGUCAACGUUCGCAGGACGACUUAACAUUGGUAGCUCCGGACGUCUCGUGCAGCUGUUGAUGGUGCAGGUGUGUGGGGCGGAGGAGCUGAGCAUCAUGAUUCAGAGCAAAUGACCAGCCUCAUGUAGAGCAUUUUUGUACAAACUUAGUGUUCCUCGGUUGAGCCUUAUGUCAAGCUGUAUUUUAUUUGUCAGAACCAGAAUAACUCUAUCGGUGUUUGUUCGGAAGGAUUUAGAACUGAUUAUGAGGUUUAGUGCAAUAGUGUGAGCGAGUGUGUGUGCAUGUUAUCAUAAACGUGGAUAUAGACUAGUAAUUUUUGCAAGUGACAGUGGUCUGUUGCAGGUUUUCGUUGAAGGAACUUUUUGCCUUUGCAAAUCUUAAAUACUUAAUGUAGUGUAAUGUUUACAUUGGUUCGGUAGGACGGAUUGUUUAAGGAAGGACACCAAACGUCACAUUUGUAUCAAAUUCUCUAUAUUUUACCACUUGAUCAUACAGUACGAUUGUAUGCGUUCGGAAAUGUGCUUUAUCUUGUCGUGUCCCUUCUUAGUUGAGAAAUGAGCAGCAAUAGAUACUUUAAGACAUGCAAUACAGUACAUCUAGUAACACACCCUCCAACGUGCACGCACACACUCAUAUUCGGAAAACGUGAGAGCAGUGGUUGGCUGAAACAGUUUGCAUAAAUACUGUUGUUUUUUUUUUAUUUUGUUUGCAUUGAGCAUUUCCUGUCACAUGCUGGUGAAGCUCUAGUUUGUUUAGCAGGGAGAGGCUCUGAUGACUGGAUCACUGCCUGCUUGAGUUGUAUUUGUAGCACUGAAACUUAAAUCCUAUUUAAAAAGAAAAAUCAAAACACCUGAAGAAGUAGCCUGCAGUAUGCACUGACUGUAUAAUGAAGGCAAACAUUGUUUUACUUAACAUUACAGGUGGGACAGUUGAUGGUUUGGUUCAGUUAUUUUUUUGAUGUACAGAUAGUAAACCUAUUUAUAUGUGGCUUCUAAUUCAUGCUUACUUUUGCCUUAACACGGUUCAAAAGCCAAGGAAACACUAUUUUUUAUUUUAUUUUUUCCAAACAUUUCACUUCUGCCACUGCACACGUUCCUUCUUAGACAACGAAACAACAGUUCUUGAAUCUUGUUUGAUAUUUAUUUUCCCUUCAACCUGUAAGUACUGUAUUGUAAUAAAGAGUGUAUAGUGUAACAUAGAGAAGCACUGUGCUUUGACGAUUCUGCCGGUGUGUAGAUGCAGUUGGGCGACUACUACUGUAGUUUUGAUGUUCAUAUGAAAAUCUAUUAAAAUGACAUUGUUGCGAA